CCAACAAGAAUCUCCUCUUAUGCUGUGCUAACCUUUAUAUGUUAAACUAACAUGCAUCAUUUUUUGAGAUAUUUGAACUACCUAGCAUGAUUUUGUCACGUAUCUCAACAUAUGGAUUGCCUUCAAGGUUGGCCCGAGCCAAUUGUCCGAGUCCAAUCCUUAUCCGAAACCAAGUCAACCGUUAUCCCUCCGAGGUACGUCAAACCCCCCUCCCAACGCCCAUCAUCAUCUCCGGCCGUUGACCUCAGCAUCCCGGUAGUCGAUUUCAGCCGCUGCGACGCGAUCACCGCCGUCUCCGACGCCUGCAGAGGCUGGGGAUUCUUCCAAGUCGUCAACCACGGCGUCGAUCCAUGCCUUAUGAGGAGAGCUAGAGAAGACUGGAGACAAUUCUUCCACCUUCCAAUGGAAGAGAAACAAGUAUACGCGAAUACGCCAAAAACAUACGAGGGAUACGGUAGCCGACUUGGUAUCGAAGAGGGAGCUAUACUCGAUUGGGGUGACUACUAUUAUCUCCACCUCCUCCCUUUGUGCCUCAAAAGCCACCAAAAGUGGCCCUCACUACCUCGAUCUCUAAGCAGAGCGACAGUUGAAGAGUACGGAGAGGAAUUAAUAAAAUUUUGCGGGCGAGUAAUGAGAGUACUAUCAUUGGGGUUGGGGUUGGAUGAGGGGCAUUUGCAAACAGCGUUCGGCGGUGAGAACUGUGGGGUCUGCACGAGGGUAAAUUUCUACCCGAAGUGUCCACAGCCUGAGCUCACCCUCGGCCUGUCGUCGCAUUCGGAUCCUGGCGGGAUCACCGUGCUCCUCCCCGACGAUCGGGUCAAGGGGCUUCAGGUUCGACGAGGCGAUGCUUGGGUCACGGUCAAGAGGGGUAAUCGUCUGGCUUAUCUUAGGAGGGGCCUGUUUGCAAUCUACACACGUCAGAAGAGCAAAGUGAAGACACAUAAACACUUGAUCCGUCCAUUGUUAUACUGGCACGUGUUAAGUAAUGCAGCAUACAAGAGCGUAGAGCAUCGUGUGCUAGUAAACGCAGACGAUGAGAGACUAUCCAUCGCCUAUCUCUGGGUGAUUGUAUCCAUCUUAAUCUGUUCUUAUUUUAGAUUGAGAUGUCGUUUUCUUUUUCGAGUCACAUUAGUAUGA